UUGACCGCCUACUCGAUCAAAAUCUUUAGCGGAAGAACUAAGAUACUAAUGUUUUGGUGCGAAAGCUUUUCAACUCUUAUAAAUGUUCGAACAGUUGGCAGCCUAUAAAUUGCAGUCUGCAGAUACUGAGAGUGAUGAAUUCCGUCGAAUUAGUUGAGAUGGAGACGGAAAUAGAGAUGAAGGUUUCAAUAGAGAAGGAAAUGUGCUUAGAGGGUCUGGAACGGAGUAUUCGUAAGGACUUGUCAGAUAGGGUGCUCGUCUCGUACGGCAUUUUCACCUCUGCUCGCCCCUUUGGUUCGAAGAUCGUCUGCGAGGUUGACUUGAUUGGGAAGGAAGAUAAUUUACCAUGCAAGGAUGAUACUACAGAAUUUGUCAUACAGGUCAUAGCAGAGCAUGGCAACGAGUCCUUUAGAAAUGACAUGGAUGUAAAUAUAGUUGAGCAGUCAACAUCAAAAGCAGAGGAGAGAGAUUGCAUAACAGAUUUGUCAGAUCUUAAUGAGCAGGUGGAAGGUACAGGGGGGGAAUGUGAAUUUGAGAUGCAAAGCUGUGAUUUAUUGGAAACAAGAUCAAAUUUUUGCUUGGGAAGUGUUGUUGGAACUUCAGAAAUUUCUAAAUGUAUUAACGGGUCCCUAAAUGCUUCAAUAGAUAAAAUUUUGAUGAAGGUUUUAGAAGACACUGGAAAUUUGAAAUUAGUUUUCGUAGAGAACAUCGUUGCAUUGUCUCCCACUGCUGUUAGAACUGCAUGCUAUGCAGCAUUAGAGAGCAUUUUCUGGAGUCUGAAUUCUGGUACUUUGGAGGAAAAUGUAUUGUCAUCAAUGAAUUGCUUUCUUGAGGAGAAAAGCAUGGACCCAUAUGCAAUAAAAUUUAUUAAAUCAGUUGGUAUGCCUUUAUCUUGUGGAGAAGAUGUAUCCGCUGUAUCUGUCAGACAUCCCAAUAUAGUUCCAAUCUUGGGCUUACUUAAGAGUACUGAAUAUAUGUAUCUUGUACAUCCAAAAGCUCCAUUUACUCUAGAAAAUAUUUUACAUUUCAGCCCAGGGGCACUCAAAACUGAUUGGCAUCUCCGAUUUCUUACAUAUCAAAUUCUCUCAGCAUUGGCUUACAGUCACAAGCAAGGAAUUGCUCACAGAGGUCUGAGUCCUUCAAACAUACUGCUGACAGAUACAUACUGGUGCUGGCUCAGUGGAUUUGGAGAGCACUCUAUACAAAAUGUACAAGAAAGCUCUAACAAGACUAAUUCAUCAAUAGUCCUUGGCCAUAAGAGAAAUAUUUGCACAGAUUUUUGUUCUUGUCGGGCACUUCUUAUGGAAUUGAAGCUGUCGUCACUCAUGGAUUGGGAAUCCGAUUUUAAGAGAUGGUGGGAAGGAGAGUUAAGUAACUACGAGUACCUCCUUGCUUUGAAUCGAUUGGCUGGGAGAAGAUGGGGUGACCGAACAUUUCAUACUGUAAUGCCUUGGGUUAUAGAUUUCAGUGUAAGGCCUGAUGUGAACACCAAUGCUGGUUGGAGGGACCUGAAGAAGAGUAAGUGGCAUUUAGCAAAGGGAGAUGAACAACUAGAUUUUACCUAUGCAAGCUCUGAAAUACCACACCACGUUUCAGAUGAGUGUCUCUCUGAGCUUGCUGUCUGUAGCUAUAAAGCAAGAAGGCUGCCUUUGUGUGUUUUACGGCGAACUGUGCGUUCGGUCUAUGAACCAAAUGAGUAUCCUGCAAGCAUGCAACGAUUAUACCAGUGGACUCCUGAUGAAUGUAUUCCCGAGUUCUAUGCUGAUCCUCGGGUUUUCUAUUCCAUUCACGAAGGAAUGAGCGAUCUUGUAAUACCAUCAUGGGCAGCCACGCCUGAAGAGUUUAUUUCAUUACAUCGUGAAGCUUUAGAAAGUGAUCGGGUAUCUAUGAAUCUGCAUCAUUGGAUUGACUUGACAUUUGGUUAUAAGCUAAGUGGUGAGGCUUCUGUUGUAGCAAAGAAUGUAACUUUGUCAACCUCUACACCAACUGUACCAAGGUCAAUGGGACGACGUCAACUGUUUUCCAGGCCUCAUCCCAUGCGCAAAUGUUCUUCAAGAAGACUGCAAAGUUCAUGGAAGGAUCCACCAGAAUUUCGAAAUGAAGGCAAAUUACUGGAAUGUACAAAUGAAAGUGCAUCCAAAAUGGUUAGGCAAAGUGUUUCCCAGACUAGAAAUAUAUGCAGCAACAACAAUUUUUUUUCUCAAGUGGACAAUCUUUCUGUGUCAUCAUCUUUGGAAGAGCUGGAGGAGUUAGCUUUGUUCAUUGAAUCUUCAAGGCAUUUGACUCCAUGUUAUAAUCCUAUCUUAGCAGCUAAUUCUAAUGGUAGUUUGAAUUUCCACAGCUUGCUAGGACAAAAGUUGGAGAAAGGGCCUACAAAAUCCUUGCCCAGCACCAUUUCAAAUCCACCUUAUGGAGAAUAUAGCAAGUUCAUUGAUUGUUUAGAAGCUGAAGAAGAUGGAAGAGAGAGGACCUUUCAAGACUUUUUACUUUGGCAGAAUAAGGCUUCUCAAUCAAUAUCACCCUCAGAAACUUUGGCUAAUGAUAUCUUUGCAGUGGGGUGUAUCAUUGCUGAGUUACAUUUGCACAGACCACUAUUUGACCCAGUCUCUUUGGCUGCAUACAUAAAGGAUGGCAUACUACCGGGACUGCUCAAAAAACUUCCUCCAUAUCUGCAAUCCCUAAUUGAAUCAGCAAUCCAUUUAGAUUGGAGAAGGAGGCCUUCAGCACAAGCUCUACUAGAAAUGCCAUUUUUUCCUUCCACAGUAAGAUCAGCUUAUUGGUUUCUUGCUCCUGUUCACAUUAUGGGGAGCAAAAGUUCACGCCUACAAUAUGCAGCAAAAUUAGCAAGAGAAGGAGCUCUACUUUCCAUGGGCUCUUUUGCUGCAGAAAUGUGCCUCUCAUCUUGUUUACCACUUAUCUUGGCUCCUCCUUCAGAUUUUGAUGUUGAAGCUGCUGUACAUUUACUAAGGGAAUUUAUACGAUCUUUGAAACCUCAAGCUGCAAAAUCAAUGUUGCUGCCUUCAAUUCAGAAAAUUUUACAAAGUGCAGAAUCAUCACACCUCAAGGUGACCCUUCUUCAGAUUUCAUUCAUAAGAGAUUUAUGGAAGUCAGUGGGUUUACAAGCGUAUUUGGAAAACAUUCAUCCAUUGGUGAUAAAAAAUCUAUAUAUCUCUUAUGAUAAAAACUCAGCAGCGGCAGCAUCAGUUUUGCUUGUAGGCUCUUGUGAAGAACUCGGUACACCUAUCACAAUUCAUCAGACAAUUCUGCCUCUAAUGCAGUGCUUUGGAAGAGGAAUCACUGUUGAGGGAAUUGAAACCUUAGUUAGAAUUGGGGGGCAUCUUGGGGAUAAAGUUAUUGUAAGGCAAAUGUUGCCACCUUUACGCAGCAUUAUAUUAUCUGGUACAGCUUUCUCCAAUGUAGAUAAACAGGAGCCUUUCCAAAGCUGGCACACUCUGGCUGUUAUAGAUGCACUCACAGUUCUUGAUGGACUAGUUAGAAUUCUCCCAAGUUCAGUUGUCCUUACGGAGUUAGUGCAGGAUCAAAACAGCGUCCAUGCAAAGUUGCUCAUGCAAAACAAUCUAAAUCCAAAUUUGGUUCAGCCUGCUGCGAAGGCAUUACUUGCAAUUUGUCAGCAUAUUGGACCAGAUUCUACUGCAGCAUUCAUGUUACCAAAGAUUAAGCCAGUUUUGGAUGAACUUGCCUUUUCCCAGGAAGUUGAUUCUGUAGAGGAGGAAAUGGGGAAUCGUGACUCUUCAUCCAGAAUGCAAAGAAUAAAUACUAGUGGACAUUCUGAAGUUAAUGAAGAGGCCUUUGCCAACAAUAAGAUGGACCUUGUAUUUUUACUAUAUCCUUCCCUUGCAUUGCUUCUUGGAAUUGAGAAGCUUCGUCAGUGUUUUACUACAUGGCUGCUUCUGGAGCAAGUUCUAUUUCGGCGAUACAAGUGGAAGUGGAAAUGUGUAGGUGAGAUGUCUCAGCUUGGAGAUAUCACUCAUGGGAUAAAUACUGACAAGAGCCCACAAACUGCUUUCAAUCCAGCCAGCUUGCUACUCAAUGGUGUAGGCUGGUCAAUACCGCAGUCUCAGGCAAGCAAAAUAAGCAAGUCUUCAAUAACCAGACAGACACCAGAUGACCGAGAAAGUGCUCAUAAUGAAGUGGCAGUGUCUUGUGGCAAAUAUGAACCUUGGUCUUGGUUACCUACUGCUGUUGACACCUGGGAAGGACCAGAGUUUCUAGGAAGACUUGGUGGCAUGAAGGAUGAGCACCCAUGGAGAUUAAAAGCAUCAGUUCUUCAUUCUGUGCGUGCACACCCUGGAGUUUUGAGGGCUGUGGCUGUUGAAGAUGAUGAAUGUACAGUCUUCUCGGCAGGAACUGGACCAAGAGUGAGGGGUAUAGUAUACAAAUGGCAGUUAUCAACAAUGGAUUGCAUGAUAGGUUAUACAGGCCACGAGGAGGUUGUCAAUGAUAUCUGCAUUUUGCCGGGAUGUGAAAGAAUAGCUUCUUGUGAUGGAACUGUUCAUAUUUGGAGUGGUCAGACUGGAAAAUGUAUUUCAACAUUUUCAGAAAAUUCAGAAAUUUCUUCUUCUGUGGGGUCUAUCUUGCCUUCAAUGCCUAGGGAAACUGUGGAACUGGGAACUGGUGUAAAUGCUACAGCAUUAACUGGAGGGAUACUAUCUGCUGGAUUUCAUGGAAGUUUGUACACUUGCAUGCAUUGCAUGCAUGCAGAAGAAAAACUUGUUGCCGGCACUGGUAAUGGUUACUUAAGGUUUAUUGAUAUAAAAGUAGGACAGCAGCUUCAUCUAUGGCGAUGUGAACCAUUGGAAUCCUCGUUUUCUUCUUUAGUUUCAGCUAUUUGUUGUUCAGGAAGUCGAGACAAACUUGAAGGGAAGAGAGGAUUAUCAAGCUCUUCAUGGAUAGCUGCUGGGUUCAGUUCAGGGCAUUGUAGAUUGCUUGAUCUAAAGAGUGGGAGCAUUAUCGCACACUGGCGAGCUCAUGAUGGCUUUGUCACCAAGCUGGCUGCUGUCGAUGAACACUUGAUAGUUUCAAGUUCUCUUGAUAGAACAUUGCGACUUUGGGAUCUUAGGAGAAGCUGGCCUACACAACUGCAGGUCUUCAGGGGGCACUCAGAUGGAGUUUCUAGCUUUUCCAUUUGGGGUCAUGAUAUGCUUUCUGCCUCUGGAAGUAAGAUUGGUCUUUCUUCUCUUUCUAGGCCAUAUGGUCAGCAACAGCAGCAACGCAUUUUGCCACAGAAGUUGUAUUCAGCAGACCGUGCAAUGAAGAACUUGUCAGCCAUAUCGACCAUAAAUGUUCUUCCUUUUUCACGACUAUUCCUUGUUGGUACUGAAGAUGGUUAUCUGAAAGUUUGUUGCUAGUCUUAAUGCAAAUGAAAGAUGAAAGCAAGCACUGAAUCUUGGAAGGUCCAAACUGACUCGUAAAAGUAAAUGGUUUUCUCCAAUUAUAUCAGCCGACCCCGACCGUGUCUGAACAUACUUGAUCACAGAAUGCCACCUGCAUACAUAUGCCAAAAGAUUUUUUCCUUGAUUUUGUGGCUGUUUUGUUUCGGGUUUUGUCCACAUGAACUUUAGGAUUGACUUUUUCCAUCUACCACUUCAUAAAAUAAGUGUACUUUAUAAUUAGUAAUAAAGAUACUUAUUCAUUAAAAAAAUCUAA